UGUUUUUGGAUUGAAUUCCUACUUCUCAUACAGCAAAACGAAAGAUUUUAUAAAUUGCUACGAAGAAACAGAAAAAGAAUACGAAUGGGAAAUGAAAUUAGGAAGAUUGGUUUAUGAAAAUCAAGCAAAAAUUUCAUCAAACGAUUGGCUGGGAAAAGAGAAAUUUUGCUUCAAAUUUAAAAAAUUUGAAGAAAAUUUUGAAGAAAUUUAUAAAGAAGAAUUAAUUCAAAAUAAAAAGGAUUUUGAAACUGUAGGGGAGUGGAAGAGAAAUUCAAUGGAAAAAAAUAUUGAAAAAUUAAAUAAUGAUUGCUUAAAGAUGAAGUUGGACACUAAAGAAAAAGAUCCUCGCCGUCCUCUACAUUCGUAUCCAAUAAAAGAAGGUCCUAAGUGCAGCCGUUGGUAUCCUGAUAGCUCUGAUCAUAAAUAUGGAAGGAAGCCUUUAUGGUCGAUUCUAAAUGAAAUUCAUAAUGAUAAAGAAUUAAGUAAAUCAACUAAAGAUUUUUGUUGGAACUUGAUCAACAAUCUAUUUUUGCCUCUUCCUCAAAGGCGCAGGGCUGAAACUGCAAUUUUGUAUUGCAAAAACGUGUUAAAACUUGAAACUGAUAAUUUAAAUGAAUGCCUUAAAAAACUUUUUGAAGAGUAUAAUUCACCAGAAAUAAAAAGAUCUGAAUUAUUGGAAUUGUUGAUUGUUGAUAAAUCUGAAGCCUUAGCAGAACGUUUAUUUUACACAUUAAAUUCAGAAAGCAUUGAUUUCGACACUUUGUACGACAUUAUUUUGGCUCGCCCUAAAUUUGAGCUUAAAAAGAUAAUCGAAAUAUAUGAUAGCGAGCCAGAAAAGGAACUGGAUAAAGUAGAGGAAACGGACAAAAAUGAGAAAAAAUUUUUUGGAAAUCCUUUUUGGAAUAAAAAAGAGGAUAAACUACCAGAAAAUCCAUAUGCAGAUAACCAAGAUACCAAAAAAGAGAAAGUAAAAUUGGGGAAAGUUUUGCUAGAUAAAAAGAAGGCUGAUCAAGAUAACAAAGAAUUAUGGGACAUAAUUAUUAAUAGAGUAAAAUAUGUUACUAUAAUGGAUCCGUCUGGUUAUGAAAACUUUGAAAAGAUAUCUAAUGAAAUCCUCUCGUUCUGUGAGAAUUUUGUCAAAAAUAUCGAAAAUAACAAUUACAACACAUCAAAUUUUAUAAAAUAUUUUGCUCGUCUUCUAAGCAUCUUUGAAUUCAAAUCAAAAAAAGCUGAAGAAUUCGGCAAAAAAUUUACAAUUAAAUGUAAAGGAAUUAUCAAAAUGAAAAAUCAAAAUAAUGAGAUACUUCCUGAGUACAUCAAAAGAAUGUUGAUUAUAACUGGAUUAGCAGGAAAGGGGCAAUAUAACGAGGAUAUUGCUAACCGCAUUAAUUAUUACAAUGAAAAGCUUGAUUAUGAAGGUUUAUAA